AUGCCACCACAAGAAAUUGGUAAAUUAUGGGAUGAUGAUGAUCGUGCUUUAUUUAGUUAUGAUGGUAUUAUCGAUUUUAAUAAUCAUUUAAAUAAUGUUGUACAUCCACGUUUUUACCUAUUCAUUCGUGCAAUUCAAAAUGAUUAUGCUUAUAAAUCAGCAAUAUCAUCACGUCAUCCAGCAACUGGUAUAUUAUCUCCACGAAAAAAGUUAUUUGUAAAUCGAAAUGCACGAUUACAUAAUUUAGAAGAACAUUUUAUAUGA